AAUCCCCCCCUCUCUCCUCUUCGUUCUCUUUUAACUUCUCAUCGAAUACAGCAGAUCAGGAGACGAUCAUGAAAUCGCCAUGAAACUGAAGCUCAUCGCCUACUUAUUCUCGUCUCUCCUCGUAGUGUCGGCCUCUGCAGCGCUCGGAGAAGCAGGUUUCUGCGCCGAUCGAGAAGCGGGAACGGAAGGGGACGGUUCUCAUCCCAUGGCCACUCUCGGUGGAGUUCGCGAGUCGCGAGGGGCCGAGAACAGUGUCGAGGUCGAAAGCCUCGGCCGUUUCGCCGUCGACGAGCACAACAGCAAGGAGAAUGGACUCCUCGAGUUUGCGAGGGUGGUGAAGGCACACGAACAGGUGGUUGCUGGUACCUUGCACCAUCUUACAAUUGAGGCAGUGGAUGCAGGUAAAAAGAAGCUCUACGAAGCAAAGAUCUGGGUGAAGCCAUGGAUGAACUUCAAAGAAUUGCAGGAAUUCAAGCAUGCUGGUGAUGUCCCCUCCUUCACACCCUCAGACCUUGGUGCUAGGAGAGGUGGGCAUGGUCCUGGUUGGCAAGAAGUGCCUGUUCACGAUCCCGAAGUCCAGGAUGCUGCAAAUCACGCCGUGAAGACUAUUCAGCAAAGGUCCAAUUCCCUGUUCCCGUAUGAACUUCAUGAGAUUGUUCAUGCAAAAGCUGAGGUAGCGGAGAACUUGGCCAAAUUCGACAUGCUUCUCAAGGUCAAGAGAGGCGACAAAGAAGAGAAGUUUAAAGUUGAAGUGCACAAGAACCAUGAGGGAAUCCUACAGCUGAAUCAGAUGGUGCCUGAGCAACCCUGAGUUGUGAUGUUUUAUAUCACUUUGGUUUCCAAUACGAACUCCUCUCUGCAUGAACUACCUAGUGUGUCUUUGUAUGUUCCGAGUUCUCCUGUGAACUGAAAAAAAACUGACGUGUAGUCUCCUGUGACUGAUAAACAUUAGCUCGUUUUCACUCUUA